GCUUGUGUGAUAGCAUAUUAUGUAGUUCAUGUCCUCAAGCGAUUCGCUGCAGUUGUAGCUAUGGCGUGUUUAAGUUCGAGUAGGCUCUGUGCUCGUGUACAAGAUAAGUUUAUGUGUCAAUUUGGACAUAAAGUUCGAAGGCAGACUGUAUUUGUGAAACUCAAACCUCCCGGACCAACUCCAUUGCGGAUAUUUGGAAAGACUUGUCAGCGCGUGACCACAUGCGGGCCAGCAUGCGGUACCCUGGGAGGCACCGCAACCUCCGGCGCGAUGCGUCGCCUCGCAUCCAGCAUGCAAAGCACAAGCACAGGCUCCCUGCCAGACUACGGUGCACAGAUCGUCGACCCCUACCGCCUGCUCGAAGACGACCUAAAUGGAAUAUACGAAGACAUACGAUCGGAGCUGGAACGCAACACAAAUCAGCCUGAAUUGAACACCAUAGCUACAUAUUACUUCGACGGUCAGGGUAAAGCUCUAAGGCCAAUGGUGGCUAUCCUAAUGGCGAAAGCUGUCAACUACCACGUAUACGGUGAAAAUAGUGCUCUACUGCCAUCCCAGCGGCAGGUAGCAAUGAUCAGCGAGAUGAUCCACUCAGCGUCAUUGAUCCAUGAUGACGUCAUCGACCAGAGCGACUUCCGCCGCGGUAAACCCUCCGUCAACGUGCUCUGGAAUCACAAGAAGGUUGCAAUGGCCGGCGACUUCAUCCUCGCUGUGGCGUCGAUGAUGAUAGCUCGCUUGCGCAGUGAUGAGGUCACGCUGGUGCUCAGUCAGGUGGUGACUGACUUGGUACAAGGUGAAUUUAUGCAACUUGGAAGCAAAGAAACAGAAAAUGAAAGAUUCGCACACUACCUCACGAAGACAUACAGAAAGACCGCGUCGCUUAUUGCCAAUUCCGUUAAAGCGGUUGCACUAUUAAGCGGUGCGGACGAAAGCACGUGCGAGCUCGCAUUCCAGUACGGGCGCAACGUGGGCCUCUCCUUCCAGCUGGUGGACGAUUUGCUGGAUUUCGUGUCCUCGUCGCAGGCCAUGGGCAAACCCACCGCCACCGACCUCAGGCUUGGACUUGCCACUGCCCCCGUACUGUUUGCUUGUGAAAAGUACCCAGAGCUGAACCCGAUGAUAAUGAGGCGGUUCCAAGAGGCGGGCGACGUGGAGAAGGCGUUCGAGCUGGUGCACAAGUCGCGCGGGCUCGAGCAGACGCGCUUCCUCGCGCGCAAGCACGGCCUGGAGGCGGCGCGCCUCGCCAGCGAGCUCGCCGACUCGCCCUACCAGAAGGCGCUCGUCGUCACCACCGACCUCGUGCUCAACAGGAUCAAGUAGUGCGCAGGUGGGCCUCCGACCUCACCUCUAGCGAGCCUACGGAAGGUGGACGCUGGUGUUAUGUCUCCUUUAUAGCUGCUGUGUCACCUGUACGGGGGUUUCUUGGAGAGGCUUUGUGUAUACGGAUGGUGGAUGGUGGAAUUAUGUCUUUGUAGAAGUGGUGUGUAAGCCCCAUGUUCGUACACUCAAGUUAUACACAGGUGGGGUGAUUAACCUCAAAGAGCAGCUUCUUUGAGAACUUCUAUAUUGUGUACCAGGAUUAGGAUUGGUGACUCGUUCAUCUUAAUACAGCUGCUGUGCAUUAAGCCUCACUGCUCGUACACUGCACAAAAGAGGAGUAUUGUAAAACGCCUCGUGACCAGCAGGAUCAACUUUGAUGUUCAUAACAACAGUGUAAUAAUAAUAAUAGUUAUGAACAUCAAACUCGAUUGUGAAAAUGUUAAGAAUUCAAUGAUGAACCAACAACACAUUGUACACCAAUCAUUAACUAGACAUUAGAGGUCAAGUUGGCCCAUACUAGACAUGUUGAGUAUUGUAUUUCUUAAUGUUUCAUUUACUGACCUUGAUCCAAGUUGUAACCGAUUCAAAGACCAGUGGGACUACCCAGUUAAGCAUUGUUCCAUCUCUGUAAAGUGCUAAAACAAUUAAAAAUCUUCGUAAUCACUUCUUGCAUAUUGAGAUCAAGUGAAACAUGAAGCGUGGGAAGACGUUGACGCAAUUAAGAAAAGCAAUCACCUCUUAUGGGCUUAAAUAUCACUUGUUGCGAACAAAGGUUGGCCCUCUUUGGACGUACCAUUUUGCGAGGUUACGGCCAUUUCGCACGUUCCACUUGAUAUAAAGAAUGAGAUGGCAGAUUUUCUAUGAAGGAUGUAAAAAUUUAGAUCGGAAAUCUAACUUUCACUACACGCCAAUGAAUAAGAGCGAGAAGAUAUGGUCUUUAAUUAAUAUUAAUAGUUUAUAGUGAUCCAAGUAUAUUGUUUUGGUGUGCGUAGUUUUUAAGAUGUUAAAAUUAUACACACUUCAAUAAUGCAUACUUUUUAAACGAUUGAUAAGUUUACUCGCUUGUGCGAAAGUAAUUAUAAAACUAAUUACUGCGAUGUUUAAACUCAACCUUGGCUGUAUUUCUUGGUAUGCAAGCCAACAAUUAUCUCGACUCUUUUCGUUAUUUUUUUCAUCUCGUGUCUUUUAAUUAAAGAUUCGAACGAUAAUAAUUGAUAAUACAUUCUUAAUAAAAGUAAGACAUUAUAGGAUUAAUUUGUUUGUGUGUGUGAAUGAAAGAUUUAUAGAGACUUGUGUGCGUUAGUGUAUAUUGUAUUUCGUGUAUGUGUGUGUGCGUACCUAAGGCGAUAUAAUAUCGUAGAUAUUUUACGUCAUAUUGUAUCCUUUGAGCCUUACGAAUCAUAAUUUCACUCCAACAUAUGUCAACAUGUGUUUCGGUGUACACAAAAAUUAUUUUAUUUAAUUAGUUAACGGUUACGUAUAACUUUCGAAACCAUAUUUAUUCUUCGUUUGUCUUUCGUUUAUGUGACCUGAUUUAUGUUAAGUUUUAUUUCGUUUCUUAUUACGUAAAUUAUCUACGAGUAAGAGCCGAGUUUCAUUCGAUCGAACGUGGCGUUAAACAUCACCAAUGUAACACGAGAUUUGAAUGCGUUUCUUUUUGAAUUCAGGCAUUGUUAAAGCUCCAACUAAAACAUAGUUUCGACCUUCUGGAGCUCGGCUCUCUAAGCGUGUUUGUGACAUUCGUUACCAAAUAUCGCUGUACAUAAUAAGUGUACAAUAUGCUCAACUCAUUUAUUAUUGUAUCCAUUUAUUUUGUGCGAAAUAGGCUAUUUUAUUUUACUCAUACUGUAUAUAGCUGUAUUAAUUACUCUCUGUUAUGUGCAAUUUAUAAAGCGCCUGUAUACAAGUUCACGAAAUCAUCACAAAAUUAAUUCCAUUCAGAUAAUCUAUCCGUGUAAAUACUGCAAGUCAUUGGAUAAGUUACCCGUGUUGUAUCUUCAGAACCAAUUACCUCAAUCUUUAGUAUACACGUUAUGUACUAAGAGGUGUACAUGUAUUGUUCUUAAAUAGUAUUAAAUUAUUAGUUUUGUACGUUAUUGCACAAUAUUACUUAGGAAUAUAUUGUUACAUACCGUUGCGUUAAAAUAAAAAAUUAUCAUAUUACAAUUGUAAAUAAUGUUACUGUGGGAUAUAAUCGUUGAUAUUGAACGAAUUUAUUGUCGACGUAUAUGAAUAUGUUAUUGUCUAAAAUGUGCACUCAGAGCACGAUGUUUAUUACUUAAUAAAAAUAUUAGUCAUAUGCUAACUCUUCGUAUAGACCGACUCGACGACUGCGCUAGAUAUCACCAUAAUAGUGUAUUCCUUCUUCAUGCUUUAAUUUAAACGUCCAUAAUGUAAGGUUUCAAACGAUAUUUCAUAUGCAGCGGAGUAAAGUUGUGUAUAUUUGCUUCGUUGUAGCUACAGUCGUUGCGUCAGUCAUAAGGGGGAUUAAAAAGUGCGUAGAUUGCAUCCAAUGGGAGUCAAUGAAUUUUAUUUAUAUAGUAUAUAUAUAUAUAUUAUGUAGUCAUGUACGUAGCUCGUAUUGUUUGUAAAUACUUACUGUGUAAAGUGCUAAAUCAUGGAUAAUUUUAUAAAUAAUAGUUACAAUA